GAUUCUCUUUUGUUGUUAGAUAACAAACAUACCCAAAGAAGAAAAGAAAAAUGGCGUCCACAAGGUUUAGUGGCUUUCUACUUAUGUUCAUUCUUCUACUACAUGAAGGAAAUUCUUGUGCCACCAUUAUUACCCAUCAAGCAAAGGGGAAAACAGUGGUUGCUAAGGGCAAUAAGCUCGCUGCAGUGGAUGAAACCAAAUUGGAAAUUUCAUAUGGUGUUCCUGCUGCCAUGGCUGAACUUAGCGACACAAGGCUUAGAGGAAGAAAAAUGAAGCUGACGAGAAUGGGUUUGCAAGAAAAGAUGAAAGAGGAAUCUUUAAACAAAGAAGACUUGGAGUUUUCAGGUGCAGCUCAUUUUGUAGGAAACUGUGACCAUAGAACUGGGAAGAGGAUUUUGAAUGGGAAAUGUAAACGGAUGAGUGGUAGGAGGUCUAAUCCUUUGAAGGACAAAAGGGCUCGUUUUACGGAUUUCAGCGCCGAUUAUCAUGUGCCAAGACCUCACCCUCCUAAGAAUAACUGAGAGCGAGGAAGAACAGUGGCGAAGCCCUCAAAAGAUAGCCAUGUGUUAUCUUUGUCAAUUUUGGUUUCAUAUAUUUUAUUUUCUUUGAUGGGUGUUCUAGUGAAUACAAGUGCGAAAUAUCAAUAUUUGUAUGUAUGCAAAUACAGAUGUAAUUGACAUUGAAUAGAAAUCCAUUUUCAUUUAAAGGUCA